ACGACAAAGUUACAUCGGCUUGGUAGCGUCGUGGUCGGCGUCUGUUCGACACGCGACCUCAUCUGUGCAAACUCUUUUAGUUACUUAUAUCGACAAUACUUUAACUAAAAUAUCUAGUGAUACUGUUACAAUAUGUUUGAAUUGUUACUGUGAUGUUGAAUUGUUAGUUUUAUCAAAAAAAGAUAUGUGAUUCGGGGUGUACUUAGGUGUAAAUUGACGAUAGAAGGUGUAAUGCUGUGUCAGAGCUUAUCAAGUGGAGUGAUCAGUGGAAGUGCAAUGUAUCUUUGCGGCAAGGGCUCAAGUGUGUACUCCAGGUUAACAUGGAGCUGUGACAACAGUGCUUUCGGAGUAAUCUUAUCAUCGGUCUGGAGUAAAACACAUAACACUCCUAGUUACCAGCAUGAGAAAUGUAUUAAUUUGUGCAGGAAGUUUGGAAAAAGCGAAAGAGAUAGAAGAUAGGAAUAAACAACAGUAUGCGGAAUCACAACACAGAGAGAAGGUACUUGUUAGGCGAUUAGCUGCUAAGGAACAAGAAAUUCAAGAUUAUGUAAGUCAAAUAAAUGAAUUAAAAUCAUCACAUGCGAGUCUCCAAGGAAGACCCACACUUCUAGACCCGGCUGUAAAUGUUUUAAUUUUAAGAUUAAAGCAAGAGCUGACAUCGACAAAGGCAAGAUUAGAAGAGACGCAAAAUGAACUAUCAGCGUGGAAGUUCACCCCAGACUCAAAUACAGGGAAGAAACUGAUGGCUAAAUGUAGACUGUUGCAUCAGGAAAAUGAAGACCUAGGCAGGAUGACGUCCAGUGGAAGGAUAGCUAAACUUGAAGGUGAUCUUGCGUUACAGAAAAGUUUUAGUGAGGAAGUAAAGAAAUCGCAAUCAGAAUUAGAUGAGUUCCUACAAGAGUUAGACGAAGAUGUGGAAGGUAUGCAGAGCACAGUGUUGUUCCUGCAACGCGAGCUACGCGCGACGCACACCACAGUGAACGGCAACAGGCCUUCCUCGCCCCCGGACAAACGGACUUACUCGGGCAGUGAAUGCAGUGACACGCCCGUCGGCAAGAGGAGACGGGCCUCAGUGUUAUCUUUAGAUUACAAUGAGGAAGAGGAGCCGUUAACAGUGACUAAUGGUGAUGCGGACUAGCCCAGGACCUCAGUGUUCUAUCGAACACGUCGUCUCAAUAUGAACUAGUGGAAAUUGUGAAACGAAAUCUUGUUAAGCAUAAUUACGGAUUUGUUGCAUGGAAAAAUUUAUAAAUGAUUAUAUGUGAGUGAUAUUGAUGAUUGUUGAGGUGAUACACUAUAGUGUCCGGUCACACGUUUGUGAAUGCUUCCCAAUAAUGAAGUGUAUUAAAUAAAAAUCUUAUGUACUUUAAUUAGAAGACAAAAUUAACUAGACAUGUAUGUGUCGUCCAUUGACUUAUGGAUUCGUGAUAGAUGGUGUCUGAUGUGAUUAUAAGACAGACGUAAUGAAACUAAAGUUUGCGUUUAAAGCACAACAGUGGACCAUGUGAUCAGAUAGUGAAUUAUGACAUUGUUUUUAAUAUACUUGAAAGAAUAACAAAGCAAGACACUGAGUUGACAUAUAAUUUAUUUAUGUUAAAUGCAUUACUUGUGAUAAAUAUAUAUUAUAUAUGAGCAACAGAAAAGAUAAAUGUAUAUUGAGUUGCUGUAUAAAGUUUUUUUACAAGCCUUAACGGCAACUUAAUGCCAGGAUUUAGCCGUGUUCAUCACAUCUAAUAUUAUUUCAUGCCACAAUUUUUUCUUUUUAAUUUUGUUUAUUGACUAUUGAAAAUGUUUCUAUU